AUGGCCUCUUGUUCAAGAGUUGAGAAAGUAAAACUAAAGGAGAAAGAGAAUAUGUUUUCCCUCUUAGAUUUGCCUAAGUUGGGUUUGGAGUGCAUUUUUGAGCGGCUUUCGCCUGCUGACUUGUGCAGCAUGGUGCGAGUUUGUUCUGUUUUGAGAGAAAUGUGUAGUAGUGACCAUUUAUGGGAAAGACAUUUGCAGCAGAAAUGGGGUAAAGUGAUAGGUGAUGCUGCUUACCGAGAAUGGCGAUCUAAUGUGGCCUCAAAAAUUGGACAAUCCAGCCUCUCCAAACAGAAAAAGGAGAAGGGUGUGCUCGAGUCUCUUCGAAAUUCACGUCGCCUUUCGUGGAUUGGGAUAAAACCAGAAAAAAGUUCCAAGGUGCGAACUACUUUACCAGUUGAUUCAGUGAUGGCUUUCUAUUUUGCUCUUGAGAGUGGCAAGUUUUGGUUCCCAGCCCAAAUCUACUAUAGACAGAAUGGUUAUACAGGAGUUAUGCUGUUAUGUUAUGAUGCUCAGAUCAGUUAUGACUCCCGGACUAAUACAUUUCGUGCAAGGUAUACUUCUCAGGGAUGGGGGACGGGAGAGGAAAAUAUAGGGUGGGAUCGGGUACGAGCGCCACCAGUUGGCGUUCCCCUAGAUCCAUUUGUGCCUCAUGUGUCUGAUUGUUUACAUGACUUGAAACCCGGUGACCAUAUUGAAAUCCAGUGGAAAAGUCGCACAGAUUUGCCUUACGCUUGGUGGUAUGCCCUAAUUGGUCACUUGGAGCCAUGUGAUAAGAAUCAGAAUCACUGCCUUUGUCAUGAAAAUGAUACAAUAGUAGUGGAGUUUAACCAAUACCAUCCAACCUCAAGAUGGAGACGUACUACGACAAGUCGGAAGUACCAUCCAAGACAAGGGAACGAAAUCGAUGGAUUUUACGGCGGAAUUAGAAAGCUUUCGGAUCAGGAGGAGAUUGCCAAGUGGUUGAGCUUUUGGCCAAAUCAUGUUCUUAUAAGAGUAGUCAAGGAUGGGCCAGGAACAAUGGGCCAUGCAAGGAGUGAAGAAGUUUCGGAGGAUUAUUAG